AUGAAGUUCACUACCGUCUUCGCUGUUGCCGCUCUGGCCAUUGGCCCUGUCAUGGCUGCCACCACCUCCACCGGUUCUGUGUCUGGCACCAGCGCUGCUGCCACUGCCAAAGCUACUUCUGCCUCUGCCUCCUCCGCCAAAGCCUCUGCCUCCUCCUCCUCCUCUGCCUCGAAGGCCUCUGCUUCUGCCUCAGCUUCUGCCUCAAAGGCCUCCUCCUCCUCCAGCAAGGCUGCCGCCCCCACCAUGGGAGCCGAGAAGGUCGGAGCUUUCGGUCUUGCCGCCGCCGCUGUUGCCCUGGCUCUCUAA